AUGGCACUGCUGCUCUCUGUCAUCGCUGCCGGGGGCCAGGCUGCUGUAGAUGAAAAUGCUUUUCUUUCUUGGAUCAUUCUGCCUUCUUCCUUGCAUCAUCCAGAUACUACCUCUUGUCCACAAACUGGACUGAUCAAUUUGCAGAACCUGAACUGUUACUGGAUUAGUGAAACUAAGGAGACAUGGCAGAAGGCCAGAAAGGUCUGCCAGGAAGUCCCUGGAGGAGAUCUAGUGGUAGUGAGGUCCCUGGAGAUUCAAACCUAUCUACAGAACUCUUUCUCUAGCAGUGCUGGUUUAGUUUGGAUUGGACUGAGUGACCUUGACUCUUUAGGAUCCUUGCACUGGGUAGAUGGGUACCCUGUAGAUCCAUUCCAGAAGCAGAUGCCCUCAGGCAAAUCUGUAGGAGAAAAUGAAAUCUGUGUUCAGAUGCUUCUCCUGGAUUCAAAAAGGCCCUGGAGAUACAACCCAUGUUCUGGGAAAUCAUCAUUCAUCUGCGAAAAGAGAACUGGAGCUGCCCUUCCCACCCCAAAUAUAUUUGUGACAGGAAUUCCAGUGUUUAGUAGUAGUUAUAAUGUGAAGAAUAUCAGCAUCAGACAAGAAACACCUUCCUUGGCGGCCAGCAGUAUUGAGCUGAUGCUGUUUCCUGGCCUCUGGUUCAGCCAUAAUGGAACAGUCAGUUCUAUAGACUUUGGUGUGCAAGCAACAAAGAAGCCAGUCCACGGCCGUUUUCAGAUCUACCGUCCAUACUGCAGUCCCAGCCAACACUUGAUCCCCCCUGGGUGUGAAUUGCUUCAAUCGUCUUUUGCUUGCUGUUACUUGGAGCUAUCUUGUAACACCAGGGGUUGGUGUUCAAAUGGACACCAGUGGUGUCCUUUGAAAGAUCACUGCCUGGACAUCUCCAGUCCUUGCAGCUCAUAUGCUUUUGAGAACACAACUGGCCACCUGCAGUUUCCUCAUCCACCACGGUACAAAGGAGUGCCACCCUUCUAUGCCCCAGUGGCUGAUCUUCCAUUAUUGCUAACCCCAAGCAGUGAAAACACCCAUUUCCAUGUUCUCUUGCCAAAAGAAGAUAUUAUUGUGUAUCCGGAUGACAUUAUAGGGAUACAACAUGAUGCUGGUGUGGGCUUAUUUCUACAGUGCCUGCCACACACGCAUUCCCCCUGGCGACAGAGCUACAUCAGCCUUGUGAAGGACGGCUGGUGGGAGGGAAGUAUCGUCGGGUUUCCCAGCCCUACCUGGGUGGACAGUGUCCUUUGUGAUAUCAGAGUGACUUUUGCACAUAAGAUGAAAAGUUUGGCAUAUACUUCUUUACUAGGCCCAAAGUUGGAACCUGGCUUGUACACUUAUGCAGCAACAGUGAAAAAUGCUGUCGGCAGCACGCAGGCUCACUGUGCAAUGCAGGUGCCAUCCAAAGUCAGUGGUUUACAGCUCAUCUACCCCAUACCAGUUAAUGGAAAGCUUAAUGUAAUGACUAAACAGGAGAUUUUGCUUGUUAUCAAGAUUAGAUACUGCAGAUACCUGGUUUUCCUCAGUGCAGUUUGUGGUGGAUGA